UCAAAGCCAUCCGGACUGCCGGUGUCAUUUGUUAUUAAAGGGGCAGCAUGCCGGUCUAGAUGGUCGUCGACUUCAACAGUUGCGACGAACCGCGCACGUCAUCUGCUAGUAUCUGGAUCAGCCGUGCACCCAUCCCAUAACUCUUCAACAGCCCAGACGUCACCACCACCAUCAAGGAGAUCAUUCAACACCAUGGCCGAAUACUCAGCAACCGUGUCCAAGCCCACAUUGGGUGUCGCGCCCGAGGAUGCCACCAGCCAUCAUGUCAGGGAUUCCAAGGGUAAACUCAUCGGGUUCCAGAACCCGCACCCGUCUGCCGGUGUCCUGCGCAACACUCUGCAGACAGUAGGCAAGAUGUUCUUGUCAAGGCUCCAGGGCAAAAUGCCAGCUCCCGACUUGUCAAAUGUUCAGAUUCCCGUCAUCAAGCCUUACUUUUUGGAAGAGAAGUCUGAGGCGCAGAACAGCGACACCAAGACCCUGCGCGCUACCUGGCUCGGCCACGCAUGCUAUUAUGUCGAGUACCCCAACGGCCUGCGCGUGCUUUUCGACCCCGUCUUUGAAGAUCGCUGCGCACCUAGUCGUUACCUCGGCCCCAAGCGGUACACCCAACCGCCGUGCAGGCUGGCCGACAUCCCCAAGCUGGAUGCCAUUGUCAUUUCGCACUCGCACUAUGACCACCUGUCGGAGCCGACCGUGCGAGAGCUCGCGGCGAACAACCCGGACGCGCACUUCUUUGUCGGCUUGGGGUUGGCGAGUUGGUUCCGCGACACGGGUAUCGACAAGGUGACGGAGAUGGACUGGUGGGAGGACGCCACCCUGACCAUCAAGAAGCCUAGCACUUCCGACGGCAAGGAGACCAUGGAAGAGAUCGAGGCCCAAGUCUCUUGCCUGCCAUGCCAACACUCCUCCGCCCGCACCGGCUGGGACAAAGACACCACUCUCUGGUGCUCAUUCGCCAUCAAGUCAGGCGGCAAGUCAGUCUGGUUCGGCGGUGAUACGGGCUACCGCGCCGUACCGGAGAUGCCGGCGGAGGAAGACGACUACGGACCAAAGUACGACUCACUGCCCCGCUGCCCUCAUUUCAAGCACAUUGGUGAGCUACGCGGGCCCUUUAACUUGGGUUUGAUUCCCAUUGGCGCGUACAGGCCCAGAUGGAUGUGGAGCGGCUUGCACUCGAACCCAUAUGAUGCCGUGGAGAUCUUCAAGGACACCAAGUGCGAGAAGGCCAUGGCGAUCCACUGGGGCACUUGGGUGUUGACCAUCGAGGAGGUGGAGGAGCCGCCCAAGUUGCUGAAGGAGGCGUUGAAGACGAGUGGACUGCCUGAGACGGGAGUGUUUGAUAGCUGUGCCAUUGGCGAGACCAAGGAGUUUUGAUGGCUUCCUCCAAUCGGCGGCGCACAUAUGAUGGGAUUGGGGAUGAUACCCGAGCGUGGCGUUGGCUUCCAGGUUAACAAGUUAAGGUUUCUGUACGAUAGGUAGGUAGGUAGGAAAGGGAAGGGCUAUGCAUAUGAACAGGUAGGUCUUUCUCUGACGAUUGACAGUGUGAAUAUCAAAAAACCUCAUGGUGGUCAGCAU